AUGUGCGCCAACCUGACAUGCGGCGUCGACUUUCGACUUCGCCACCCUCCUCCUCGACACCUUCGCGGAGUCCAUUUCGACGCCGCGACCUGCCGAGUGACUCCCAAAGCUCGGCGAGAUGGUUUUCGCGACGCUGGAAGACGUUCUGACUCGCAGGAAUGUGGAAGACGACGUCGCCCGGCACUCAUCUCGCCUCCUCGCCUCCUCCCCUCCAAUCUCGCCUCCUCCACUUCGUCCUUCGUUACAUCCUCCCUCGCUUCCUCCGCUCGCCCACUCCAAGUACUCGUCGCCUCGAGUACGAGGAAGCGUCGUACGAUGGUACGCUCGAGGUGGGGCGACGACAGGGCUGUCAGGUUGGGCGAGCGGGUCGCGGGUGAAGUCGAGAUGGGUUUGUGA